UUUCACUACCUGCCCAUCUCUAGAAAUAAUUUGUUCAAGAAAGAAAAGCAAAAAUCAAGUAGUUGUAUAAUUUGCAAAGAUGUUUGUGGCCCGUAGAAUUUCUCAAUCAGCAAGCCUGGCUGUACGCGGAAAGCACACCUUGCCAAAAUUGCCAUACGAUUAUGCCGCCCUGGAGCCUAUUAUCUGCAGGGAAAUUAUGGAACUACAUCACCAAAAGCAUCAUCAGACCUAUGUCAACAAUCUAAAUGCCGCGGAAGAGCAGUUGGAGGAGGCCAAGUCGAAAAGUGAUACCACCAAGCUUAUCCAACUGGGUCCGGCUCUGCGAUUCAAUGGCGGUGGUCACAUCAAUCAUACUAUCUUCUGGCAAAACCUUUCGCCCAACAAGAGCCAACCUAGUGAGGAUCUGAAAAAGGCCAUCGAAUCGCAGUGGAAGAGCUUUGAAGAGUUCAAGAAGGAGCUGAGCACUUUGACCGUGGCGGUUCAGGGCUCCGGCUGGGGCUGGCUGGGCUACAACAAGAAGUCUGGCAAACUACAGCUGGCUGCUCUGCCCAACCAGGAUCCCUUAGAGGCCUCCACCGGACUGAUUCCCCUCUUCGGAAUCGAUGUCUGGGAACACGCCUACUAUCUGCAAUAUAAGAAUGUGCGACCAUCUUAUGUGGAGGCCAUCUGGGACAUCGCUAACUGGGACGACAUCUCAUGCCGCUUCCAGGAGGCGAAGAAGCUUAGCUGCUAAAUGUAAAAAGCGGUUAUCUAUGUCUAAUCUAUAAGCAUCUGCGGAUCGGAGAUCCCAAAUUGUAGUCUCAGUUGCAGCUAAUAAAUUGGUAAAAGCUA